UCACAGUGCAGAAAAAUCUGCAGAAGGAAAAUGCAUCUCUUGCUGGAGAUCCCUUUGUUUUUCCUCAUCAUUGUUUACUCCUAUUUGGAGGCUUUGGUCAAAUGCUUCAUUCCUGUGAAGAAAAAGUCUGUCAAUGGAGAAACUGUCCUGAUCACCGGAUCCGGCCACGGACUGGGGAGAGCCACUGCUUAUGAAUUUGCGAAGCAUCAGUGCAAAUUAGUUCUGUGGGAUAUCAAUAAGCAUGGCAUUGAAGAAACAGCUGAAGAAUGCAGGAAACUGGGAGCCACCACGGCUCAUGCCUUUGUGGUAGACUGCAGCAAGAAAGAGGAAAUCUACAACAUGGCACAAAAAGUGAAAAGAGAGAUUGGAGAUGUGGAUAUCUUGAUGAACAAUGCCGGGGUGAUUGCUGCGACGGAUCUGCUGUCCACGGAAGACUGUGAAAUUCAAAAGACCUUUGAAGUCAACACUCUUGCUCACUAUUGGACCACAAAAGCGUUCCUGCCAUCAAUGAUGAGGAAGAACCGUGGCCAUAUUGUUACAGUGGCUUCUGCUGCUGGUCAUAUAGUGGCUCCCUUUGUUGUGACAUAUUGCUCAUCCAAAUUUGCUGCUGUUGGGUUUCACAGAGCUCUCACACAAGAACUGAUUGCACUGAAAAAAGAUGGGGUCAAAACAUCCUGCAUCUGUCCUAUGUUUAUAAAUACUGACUUUGUCAAAAAUCCAUCCUCAAGAUUAAUGCCUGCUUUGGAGCCUGAAGAAGUUGCAAAGAAAGUAAUGAAUGGAAUACUGACAAAUGAGAACAUGAUUUUUAUUCCACCAUUUCUGAAAGUCAGUGUAAUGCUGGAUAGGUUUCUUCCAGUUCGUGCAGCUGCCGCGUUGUGGAGGUUGAAUCAACUUAAAUUUGAUGUAGUAGUUGGGUACAAGGAUAAGGAAAAAUAAGGGAAUGGAUUUCAUCUCCAGGCUUGCAAGUGAUUUCCUUUUAGCAUUUUAAGUCUUUGAAGCUUUAAUUCUGAAUAAAAUCUAACCCAUUAAGAUACUUGUCCCACUCUCAGAAAUAUUUUUAGCAAGCAACACAAUGAAAAUUAUAUCUAUGUAUUGUUGGACUAGAGAGCACGUUUCCUACAAUUCAAAUUAACUAUGUCCUAUAUCUAGGUUAAGAAUUGCUCUAUUCUCAUACAUAUUAAUCUUAUAUCAAUUUCCAAAAGAGCUGAAAACUUUAUGAUCCUUAUAGACAGAUCACUGGAAUGCCUUCAGGCAAGUGGGAAGUACCAGCAGCCUUGGGGUGACCUGCAAAUACGUUGAUGUUAAAAAUUCUGAAGGAAAAAAAACCUGGAGGGCCAACCCCUCUCCCGCCCCACCCUGGUCCCAUUUGGGAUGGAAUAUUCAUGGCUUCAAAGUGCAGUUUAAUAGACAAGCAGCUGGGCAGAGCUAAUAGAACUCAGGGGUGAGGGGUGGAGAAAGGAAGGCUUGAACAACAAGAACAGGACAUUUCUCAGCUUGAAGAAUACUCCCGCCAGACAGUCACAGCUUAUGCUUCUGAGGUGGAAAGGUGUGUAAAACAACUUAGUUUUCUCACCAGCCAUUUCAACAGCUUUGUGUUUCUGAGCAGGAAGAGGUUUGAAAAGGAGUUUGCGCUGAGCCCAGUGGGCCUACACAUCCAGAAAACAGAAAAUAAAAUAAAAUGUGCAUAUGAAGUAAGACCCAAGUUACUGUUGGAGAUGAACUUCCAGUGCAUUGACCUUUUGCACCAACUGUCCUAAUGACCACUAGGGGCAUUGGGAGUAGAGACAGUGAGUCAGGGUCUCCCUAUCUGUCCCUACUCUAUGACCCCUGAACUGACUCUGCAGCACUUCCUGUGCUGAGUCACAAUCCUUCCUUUCCUCCUAGAGAGCAGAUGGAAACAUCUCUCUCUCUCCUUUCCUAUCCACUAUGUAGUCCUUUAGAUUAGAGAUAGGUCUUUCCUAUCUAAGUGUAUUUAACCAAUAAAUAUUUAGUGUUUAGUCAUACAA